AUGCCAUUUGGAGCUAUUUUUGGCUGCUUUUUGGGAGCUUGAAUAAGCGGCUCUUUUGGAAGAUUAAAGGCUUUUCUAUGUAGCGAUAUCCUUAAUAUUAUUGGUUCAGGAAUUGUAUGAUAUAAAUAGUGCACCGUUAGUAUCAUUUUCUGAAUAGGUAAUGGCAAAUUUCCCAGCUAUAGAGAUGAUGCCAACUACUUUACACCUCUAUUUGACAUUGGCCACUUCAUAUGUGGCCUCAACUCAGGAAUUUCAAGUUUUUUAGUUCCCCUUUACAGUAUUUUCUAUUUAGUCAGAGAGCUAACCCCUAUAGAAACCUAUAACAGUUUAGCAGCCAUGAACCAAGUUAUGAUCACUCUAGGCAUUUUAAUUUCUUACUGUCUAGGAACUUUAGCCUGCCAAACCCACUCAGCCUUUACAAAUGCCCUAGCUUUUUCAUUCCCAAUUGCUAUAUCUCUCCUACACCUAUUUUUAAUGUACUGAAAAUUUGAUAACGAAACUCCGACUUAUCUGUGAAUGUCUAACCGUCGCCAAGACGCUAUAGCAUUAAUGAGUUGGCUUUAUUAUAAUCAAGACUUAAAAGAUUCCUUUGGGAAUAUUAUUGACCCGAACCCUGAUCAGGAAAACAAAGUAGUCAGUUAUAAAGACUUAUUUACAAUGGAAACCCAUAAGCGUGGGCUAAAACUUGGCUGCACAGUAGCGAUUUUGCAGCAGUUUACAGGAAUUAAUAUGAUUAUAUACCAUUCGACAGCUUUGAUGGAAAAAUCAGACUCAAGCCAAAGCUCGCGUGACUAUUUUACUAUUCUUUUUGGGAUUAUUAAUUGAAGUUCAGCCUUUCUGAUAGUGUAUUUCCUUUAUCACAAAGGCAAAAAACAGAUGCUAGAGAUUGGAGCAGUGGGGAUGGGCUGCUGCUAUAUUAUUCUGCUCAUUUUAGAGCCGAUCAGCAUUUAUGAAGAUAACCAAGUCUUAAUUGGAACGAAAAUAGCAAUAAUUGCUGUUUUCAUGUUUUUCUUUGAAAUUUCAAUAGGCCCGAUUAUGUGGCUUUAUAAUGCUGAUAUUUUGUGUGACAAAGGGAUUGCAAUCACUAGUGCAGUCACAUGGACACUUACUACGUUUGUUGUCGCUUUGGUAGGUUUCGACAGUUUUUUUGAAGCAUCAAACUGAUGGUGGGAGUUUUUGUACGCGUUUUUCUUAUUUUUCUGUGGGGUGGUAUAAUACCUCGUCCUAUUUUUAUAGGAAUUCCAGACCCAAAAUCCAUUUUGACAUGUGAAGGUCUAAAAAUAUUAGACUUCUCUUGUCAAAAUGGAUUUUAUAUUUACGGACCCUUGGAUAAAAGGCCAAACUCUAUAAGAUUUAUUUAGCUAUUCUUCUUUUCUAGGGCAUAUGUAGUAGAAAGGACCCAGCUAAACGAGAAAGCUGACGAAAAAGACACGACUUCAUAA